UCAAACCUCCUCCCGGAUGUUUGGCCGCCCACAACAAAGAUGGAGGACGACAUCUCGGAUGUGAGCCGACCACAGAUGUAUUUGUUCGGUUGCACCCUCAAGUCCGACAGACGCGAGUUCAAAGUUGACGUAGAGGACGAUGACACGGAGCAGCAGCUGUCACUCAAAGCGGUGUGUCUGGGAGCUGAGGCGGAGGACAAGUUCCACAUGGUGGAAGUCGAGGGCCUCACCUAUGAUGGGAAAACCACCAAAGUGCCGCUGGUCGCCCUGAAGCCGUCCGUCCUGCCGUCCAUGGGUUUAGGUGGAUUUGAGAUCACUCCUCCCGUUACCUUCCGGCUCCAGUCCGGCUCUGGACCAGUUCACAUCAGCGGGCAGCACUUUGUUAGUGUGAAGGACUCAGAGGAUGAAGAAGAGGAGAACAACUCUUCGCCGGUGAAACGACCUGCGAGCCUGAUGUCGGGGAAGAAGCCUCUGUUGAAAAAACUAAAGAUGGAUUCUGAUGACGACGAUGAAGAAGACAGUGACGAAGAUGACGAUGAUGAUGAUGAAGAUGACGACAGUGAUGACAAUGUUGUGAAGCCUCAGAAGAAAGUGGCAAAAGAGCUUGAAAAGCUUUCGGCCAAGAAGCCCAACAAGACUCCGGUGAAGCUAAACGGCCCUGCAGGGAAAGCGUCGGGCUCUGCGGUCAAACCACAGAUUAAGACACCUGCCCCAGGAAAAGACAAACCCCACGCCGGCCCGUCGAAAGCUCCGUCCCUGUCCGACGUCAAGAACAAGUUGUCCACAGCAGCCAAGGAGGGGAAACCACUACCGAAGACGGAGCAGAAAUUUGAGAAUUUUGUCAAAAGUUCUUUUAAAAUCUCUGAUAAAAAGGUGGUCAAGGAUCUCUGGAGCUUUGCACAAACGCUGAAGAUCGAGAAGAAGUAACGAACCCCCCCGACGCGUUUCUAUGUUUCGCAUCCUGCAAGACGUUUAAAGGCACAGUCAGCGAGAUUCCCCAUCAGCCUCAUGGUGUCGUCACCGUUCACUUUGAAUUGGAGCGAACGGAAGGAACCGAUUCAUCGUUGUUUAGAUGAGAAGAACCUCCUGGAGCUCGAUUGUUGUCCCCCCCCCCCCCCCCCCCCCACAAACCCACUUGUUCAUGAAGGCCACACCGGCUAAUCUGCGCCACCUACAGGAAAGGAGAGGCAUCAUCUAUAAAGACCUUUCUGUUUCUUACAGGACAGAAAUAGCUGCUACGACUUUAACACUUUCACCACCUGCAGCUUUUUUAUAGAAACCACAAGUGAUAGACGUGUUUCUGGCAUUUGGCAAUUUUAAAUUGAGGUAUUUACAGCCCAUGACUGACGGAACAAACUUUACUUCAUAUGCACCUUUUGAUUUUUCCCCUUUCCACAAAAAACUAACAUAGUUAUAUGUUUGGUUUGCAACAGUAAUACCAGAUUUUUUAAUCUACCAGGAGUCGCCACUGAUUUAAACGUCCCCUUUUUUCCAAAUAUUAAAUUUCAAACAAAUUUGACAUGACACAAAAUUUGUAUUGGAAUUGGGGGAAACAGUUCAUUCCUUUGCCUGCAGGUGGCGACUCUGCAUAUCUGCAUCUUAACCCUCUUCCCCGGUCGGUGGUGCUUGUUGCGUCGAGCUGCAGGUGCAGAGUUGUUGUUUCUGCCUCGAUGAACAAUAACCGGCUGAGCCUGGUUUCAGGUGCUUUGCAUCCGAGACACCGCGUCUCCUUGUUACGUCAAUAAUGCAAUUGGAGAUAUUGCAGAAUGUGCCUUUAAAUAUCUGUGCUGUAAGCUGAUACAAGUCCGAAUCCCGUUCUGUGUGAAUCUGAGGAGUGUGAACAGGAAAGGUUGAGACAAGGGGACAAGUUUCUGUCAUCAGCCUGUGGUUCUAUAUGGUUUUAUGUUUUGUUAUUUUAGAUUCUGUCUGGAUUUACGAAGCAUAAAUCUGUCAGUGAUGUGUUUUUACAAAUGAAAAGUAUACUGUAACACACAGUAACUCAAUGUUUAUGUUAUUGGCCUAAAACACCAAGAUAUAUUUGUCUGUCCCCCGCCAUGAUGAAGCAAAUGAAUCUAAAAAUAUCCAAAACUAUUCACUUUAAAAAGAUGCAAACUAGAAACAAUGAGAUUGACGCGUCAAGUUCGCUACUUUCACAUAUCUUAAGUUUUAUCUGUUGAGCAAACAAGAAAAUAAUCCAUCCUGUGUCUUUUCCAAACCUGAAACUUCUGGACAGUUUUACUCUUUACCUUUUUUUAUAUAUACUAUGUUUUUACGCUUAUGUUCCUGAGUGUCAUCUUAACCUGUUAACGUUACAGACCUGCUGACACGGUAUUUCUUGCGAAUGUAAAUUUAUAUCAAGCCCAUUAACAUCCUUCAUAACCUGUGAGGGUAAUAAUUACAGUGAUUACAGCCAAAAAUCAUCUGCAGCUAAAAAAAAUGCUCAUAAGCACAGUACUCAAAGAAAUGCUCCAGAGUAUUAUGAGGCCCUAUAAACCCAACGCAGAUGUCCAGGUUUUUCUUUAAACUAACAUUAACUUUAAAAAGUCUUUUGAAAAAAAUAGGCUGUUAACAAGCCCCAGGAGUUCAUUUACGAGUUGGCACCGCUGUCAUUGUUUCUCAGCGUCGUCCACUUCAUUAAAAACAGAUAGCGAACCCAUGAUAAGCGUUAUUCAUGAAGACGUAAUCAUAAGGUCCAUAUCAGAAAAAUGAGAUCAGCCGCAACACGAUGCUUCGCAGGAUCCUCGUAAAGAACUCGGUAAUCGUUUGUUCUCUCGUGAGUCGGCUGUGAUGACAACGAGCAGGCGCUGUGCUUAUAAUGUGUUUAUGAUCCUGUGUAAAGCUUUUUAUGAGCCCGACGCCAGCAGGUGGAUCCACAGCCAAUCACACGACUCGGUUCAACCGCCUCGUUUGUUAAUUAGAUUUGAAAAUUCCUUAGGUGAGAAGUUGAGUACUCCGAUUAAUUAGAUGGAUUUAAAGUCGCCCUGAUAAUGUAGCUUAAUCUGAGAGUUAGAUUUGAAGUGUCUGUAACGUGGUGUCUGUGGUGAGGUUUCAUUAGAAGCAGGUUGUGAGUCUGAGGAGUUAGUUUGUCUUCGUCCUUUUUUUUUUUAUACUUUGCUUGUAUCAAACUCAAAGAACGUUUAUUUCUUGCUUUUAUUUACAAGUAUGGCAGCUGAAGAAUUAUCCUUUCUUAUGUUUUAUUUUUGCUUAAUCCGCCCUUUUGCUAAUAGCUGGUUCUGCAGCUUGGAUCUGUUGUGCUGGUCUUUAUUUGAGAUGUUCUGUUAGUUUGAUGUGUGUUUUGUUAUCGUUUCAUUUCAGCGUUUGGUUUUUAGUUCGUCAUCCUUUUGAUUCUGAACUGAAUAAUUGUGAAGCCAGUUCCUAAAUAUGUUCAUGUGAAAUAAAAACAAAAGAAGAUUGUGAUCUUUGUUCAUAA